AUGGCGACUGGAACAGUCACUGCACCGGUAACUACCAGCGUCAAGAUCUCCAAGAACUCAAAACUUCCACCAGAGAAUGAAAGAUACUUGAGAGCGUGUUCAGACAUUGCCACAGCCCUCAUUCAAGACUACGAAGCCCAACAAAAUGACUCCUCCCCAAAGAAAGACCUCAACCUCAACGCCCUUCGUGGGCAGAUGGCGAAGAAGCACAGGCUGUCCAAUCAGCCUCCUCUUACAGCCAUUAUCGCUGCUGUACCAGAACACUACAAGAAAUACAUAUUACCGAAACUUAUAGCAAAGCCAAUAAGGACUUCAUCCGGCAUUGCUGUUGUGGCUGUCAUGUGCAAGCCUCACAGAUGUCCACAUAUUGCUUAUACGGGAAACAUAUGCGUUUACUGUCCUGGAGGACCUGACUCCGACUUCGAAUACUCGACCCAAUCGUACACUGGCUAUGAGCCAACAUCAAUGCGCGCAAUCCGAGCUAGAUACGACCCAUAUGAGCAAGCGAGAGGGAGAGUAGACCAAAUCAAAAGCCUAGGACAUAGUGUCGACAAAGUCGAAUACAUCAUAAUGGGGGGCACAUUCAUGUCUUUACCGGAGAGCUACCGGGAUGAGUUUAUAUCACAGCUACAUAAUGCGUUGAGUGGAUAUCAAGGGAACAAUGUGGAUGAGUCGGUCGAAGCCGGAGAAAUGAGCAAUAUAAAAUGCGUGGGCAUCACAAUAGAGACUCGACCAGACUAUUGCUUAGAUUCCCACCUGAGCGCUAUGCUGCGGUACGGCUGUACAAGGUUGGAAGUUGGUGUGCAGUCUUUGUACGAGGAUGUUGCACGAGACACGAAUAGAGGCCAUACUGUCGCUGCAGUAGCGGAAACUUUCAAGCUCUCUAAGGAUGCUGGAUUUAAGGUGAUCAGCCACAUGAUGCCUGAUCUCCCGAAUGUAGGCAUGGAGCGAGAUCUUGACCAGUUCCGAGAAUACUUUGAGAACCCAGACUUUCGCACUGAUGGUCUGAAGAUAUACCCAACCCUUGUCAUUCGUGGCACGGGUCUUUACGAGCUCUGGAGAACAGGAAGAUACAAAAAUUACACUCCAAACGCACUAAUCGAUCUUGUCGCCCGCAUUCUCGCCCUGAUACCACCAUGGACCCGCAUCUAUCGAGUACAGAGAGAUAUUCCAAUGCCUUUGGUCACUUCAGGGGUAGAGAAUGGAAACCUACGUGAGCUGGCGUUGAGCCGCAUGAAAGACUUUGGAACCACUUGUCGGGACGUACGUACUCGGGAGGUGGGUAUUAAUGAAGUAAAGAAUAAAAUACGUCCUUCGCAGGUCGAGCUCGUGAGGCGCGACUAUGUAGCCAAUGGUGGCUGGGAGACAUUCCUGGCCUAUGAAGACCCAAAGCAGGACAUACUUAUCGCGCUACUCCGAUUAAGAAAGUGCAGCAAGACACAUACUUUCAGACCAGAGUUGACUGGUCAGCAAACGAGUCUUGUGAGAGAAUUGCAUGUCUAUGGAUCGGCGGUCCCUGUUCAUGCGAGGGACCCUCGGAAAUUCCAGCAUCAGGGCUAUGGCACGCUCCUAAUGGAAGAAGCAGAGAGAAUUGCGAGAGACGAGCACGGCAGCAAGAAGAUGGCUAUUAUAUCUGGAAUUGGAGUCCGAAGUUACUACAAGAAGCUGGGGUACUGGCUGGAUGGUCCGUACAUGAGCAAGAUAUUAGAGAAGUCGCAAGAUUCGGACAGUGACGACGACGAUGUAUGA